AUGGCUUUCCUCGAUCAGCUGCGCUCGUGGCCUUCAGAAUUUGAAUCCUGCGACGUUGAGGUACCAGUGCAGGCAGCACAGAAGCAGGAUUGGACAAACCGCCACUGGUUCGCCCUGCGAAACACGGUAUCCUGGACUCUGGCACUGCUUUGGUCCGUGUAUUCACGUGAGUAUAGCAUGGGCUGCGUGGUGGCUACGUCUUUCAUCUUCUCAGAAACGUCUGGCUCAUCUUUUGACACGAACAUCAAUCGAAUUCUGGGGGUCGGCAUGGGCCUGGCGGUGGGAAAUGUUCCCGCGAUUCUGAUUCUCAGCGGGACCAGGGCCCAUGACCUCGCCUCCACGACAUCUCUGCUUCGCAUCUUCACCUACUUCGUUGUGAUGUUCGUCAUGUGGACCCUGGCGAUGUAUGGCUACUUGGCUCCGGGCUCCAAGUACUACAGCGCAUGCCUUCUCUGGGUCGGCUACGGCGGGGUCCAGAUGCUUCGACAUCUCCCGCAGUUCGACCAGCCGGACGCAGAGCUUUUCAUGACAAUCCUGGACAACAUCGUGGCCAUCAUGGUUGUCUUCCUUGUCGACAUGGUCUUUGCUUAUGUCCAGGGCAACAGCACCGAGGAGCAGGUGAAGGCUGCUGUGACCCGCUGCGCACAGCACGUCGCCCUUGUAGUCGAGGCCUUAGAGGCAGGCAAUGUAUUGGAUUUGGACCUUGAUCCGCUCCAGAAGGACAUCAAGGUGGCUCGAUUCUGGGACUCGGAGAUCCAAAAGGAAGGUCUGAUUUGGACACGGCUGUGGCAGCCACCCUACAAGGCAGACUCCGUCCCAACGCUGUUGGACCACUUCGACGAGGUCUACGUCUGGGUAUCGGCGCUGCAGAACAGCGCGAAGCGCUGUGAGACGACGAAGCACGCUGCGAAGCUCGUGAAGGGACUUCUGCCUUCUGGCGACCUGGAGAGAUGCCGCACCUUCGUGCGGGCCAUCAAGCUGGUGCUUCAGGGAUUGGAUGAAUCAAUGGACGAGCUGCACAGUCUCCUGCAAGAAGAUAACCAGAAGGGAGGUCCCGUGGCGUUUAUGUCCUCUCAGAACCUAUGCAACUUGCUCCAGGGGGAGGCUACGCCCUCUUCCACCAAAGCCCGCUUCUCCCUACUGGAUGGCGUCAACCUCCUCGACCAGGAUCUGCAAGGCGCCAAGUGCCCACCCGAAGUCGCAGCCGGCGAGGCUGUGAAAUGGAGCACGAAGGCGCUGCGGGUGACCCUCCAGCGCAUCGGAGGGCUGAUCUCUGCGGGUUCGGCCUUAGCCGCCCGCGAUUGGCGCGCUCACGCCAGGACCCAGCCAGGAGCCCAUGUCACAGCUAUGGACGACCUGGAUGUUCCCCUGACGGUUCCUCGGCUGCGACAGCGACUGAAGAAGUCUCUGACCAGCAAGUUUUAA